AUGCAAAGUCUCCAAGAGGAGAAUCCGGACUACGAAAUAAAUCUUGCCGGUGACUUGAUGAUCAAGGUACUGAUUCGAUGUGCAUGUCCGGAUGCAAAUCAAAGCAUAAAUGGGGUUCAACAUCUUGUAACAUAUAUAGUGUUAGAGAACGAUCAUACUGAAAUAAUUGCUCGGAAAUUCGGAGUACCGGAAGAAAUCAUAUGGAAUGCCUAUAAGAUGCAAUCUUUUCCGACCAUUUUCCCUCUCACAACACUACUUGUUCCGACAAAAGAUGUCCAGAGUGGCAGUCCGAUUGAGAAAAUCGAACCGAGCAAGAAAUCAAAGCACUUGAGUUCAUAUACAUUUCUUGGACUAGGCCUUUUCGCAGCGGUUAUCCUACUGAUUACAUCUGUCAUCGCGUUCCAUCAUGUUCGGAAAAGGCAUAACAAAACCAGUUUUCAGCUUUUAUCUGGUAGAAGUUCGGUUUUGUCAAAUGUCUCGCCGGAAUUUCUCGAUAGAUUGUCCGAGUUAAAGCAAUCGUUGAUGAAUUUCACCUUGGAGGAGCUGAGGGAUGCAACCGAGGAUUUCAACGUAGAAUCCAAAGCAGGGGAAGCUGUAUAUAGGGGGAAAAUCGUGAAGAUCGAAGGAUGCUGCUACGGUGCCGACCCGUAUCUGGUGUUCGAGUUUGCGGAAUACGGUAGUUUAAGGGACUGCUUAUCGAAUGCUUGUGUCGCAAGGCAGCUUACAUGGGAGAAAAGAACAACGAUUGCAUUUGACAUAGCAGUGGCUCUCCAUUGCAUACAUUAUUGCACGAAGCCUUGUUAUAUCCAUGGAAACAUAAAUCGUAAGAACGUGCUGAUAACAAAGGAUUGGAGGGCUAAAAUUACUGGUUUUACAUCGGCAAAGCCAUUGAUUCGCAGAGAAGAAGACGGAGAAAUGAGCUUCGACGUCGAUGUAUUCGGAUUCGGGGUUGUUUUGAUCGAGUUGUUAUCCGGUAAACAGGGUGCAGUAUUGAAGGAAUUUGUGAAUAUAUUUGCUGAUAAUGGGAUUGAAGAAGGUUCAAGGUACUUGGAAAAGUUGGAGCAGUUUAUGGAUCCGAAUUAUCCAUUGGCUGAUGCAUUGUGUUUGGCAUUCUUGGCAAAGGCUUGUGUUGAAUCGGAUCCUCAUCGUAGACCCACCAUGGAUAAUGUUAUAAAGGCUCUCUCAAGAUUUUCAUGA